AUGGCAGAAAGCGGAGAGCAGCAGAGUAGCCUGAAGCAAUUUCUUGCAUCAAUUGCUACCAUCCAGGGAGAUUUAAGCAAUAUUACAGCACCGCCAUUUGUGUUGGCAGACAAGUCUACAACCGAGUUCCCACGCUAUUGGAUAGAGCAACCCGAACUGUUCUGUGCGCCGGCCCACGAACAAGAGCCAGCGAAGAGAAUAUUGGCUGUGCUGAAGUGGUUCUUGUCAAGCCUCAAGAGCCAGCAGUAUGCUGGUCGAGAUCCUAGUGAUGGGGUCAAGAAGCCCUUGAACGCCUUCCUGGGCGAAGUCUUCGUGGGUGAAUGCGGCCCCGAAGAUGACGCAACGCAUCUCAUUGCAGAACAAGUCAGCCAUCACCCUCCGGUCACCGCCUGUUACCUGUGGAACGAGAAGCACGGCGUACGAGCAGAGGGAUAUACCCGACAGGAAAUCACAUUCAGUGGGUCCGUCAACAUUCAGCAGAUAGGCCAUGCGAUUCUACAUCUCGAUGAGUUUAACGAAGACUAUCUGAUUCCAUUGCCAGACGUCAAGGUCAAGGGUAUCGUCACUGGAUCUCCUUAUCCAGAGCUGCAGGGGUCCCACAGUCUCAUUUCCUCUUCUGGCUACAUCGCUGAGGUCGACUUCAGCGGCAAAGGCAUGCUUGGUCUCAGCGGAGAGAAGAACCACGUGAAAGCGUCAGUGUAUGGCACAGGUGACAAGAAACACAAGGAUGCGCUUUUCACCGCGGAAGGCAGUUGGUCGAGAGGCUUCGAUAUCCAAGAUCGCUCUGGCCGAGUGAUUGAUAGCUAUGAUGUCGCUGCUGCCAAGGCGAGCGACUUUCGCGUCUUGCCAGAACAGGAACAAGACCCCUGGGAGUCCCGAAAGGCCUGGCGUAGGGUCAUCGAAUCAAUCCACAAGGGAGAUAUGCACAGCGUGGCCAAUCAUAAGAGCGAGCUGGAGAAUGCUCAGCGUGAGCUGAGAACGCGCCCCGAGACGGCCGAAGAGUCGUGGCAAUGUCUCUUUUUCAGCAGAGAAAGCAGGCAUCCGGUUGCCGAGAAACUCCUGUCGGAGGUGGAUCAGAGGGUCGAUUCGAAGAGCACGUGUGGCGUGUGGCGAUUCAACGCAGAAGCCGCUGGCCGUGUGCAAAGGCCGUGGAGAGGCGAUUUGACGCCGUUCGGCCCGCGAAGGGCAGCAAGCACAGAAUGA